AUAAAACCUGAAUCAACUCUUCAAAUCUUUCUCUUCUUUCUUCUCUCUCUCUCUCUCUCUAAAAGUCACAACUUUAUCUUUCUUAACUUUGUUAAUCAAUGAAGAAACUCUACCGGAAAGGGUCAGUUCAUCCAUCACCGCCACUAAUCUCCGAUCCCCUUGCUUUCCUUCCUAUAACAAUAUUAACUCUCGCCGCCGCUCUAUCGCCGGAAGACAGGGAAGUACUAGCAUACCUUAUUUCUUGUUCUUCUAGCAGCAAUUUCUCAUCAGCCAACAGCCGCAGUAAAUCAGUCGCUGCAAAAACCACUGGAGACCAUCCGCCGUCUUCCGGUUGUAAUUGCUUUAGAUGUUACACGAGUUAUUGGGUCAGGUGGGAUUCUUCCCCGAAUCAUCAAUUGAUUCAUGAAAUCAUCGAUGCUUUCGAAGAUGAUUUGGUGCGGAAGACACUAGUGGGUAAGGAGAAGAAAGAGAGGCGUAGGAGAGGUUCAAAAUCUGGGGUACUGAUUCAGGGGAAAGUUGAAGAAACUGGAAAAUUGGAGUUUCCAAUUGAGGAGGAAGUAAGUGAAGGAAUAUCCGCCGGCGGCGGUGGUGGCGGCGGCGACGGGGAGGAGAGAGAUGAUGAUGAUGAUGUUUGCUGCGAGAAAGGGUCAGUGAGGAGAUUUGUUAGUUUUAUUGGGGAAAGGUUUUGGAAUGUUUGGACUUGAAAAAUAAAUAAAAAACAGAGAUGGGUUCUUGUUUCAUCUCUUCUAUUA